GAGAGAGCAGCUGGAAAACCGGGUGACAAAUACCUGAUCUUACCAGAUAUUUUUAAGAAAAGCAACGCGCUCAGAGCUGCGUCAUGCGUGUGUUCAGGACCUGGCGAGUGCUGUGUGUGCUUGGCUUCGUGGGUGCAUCCUUGUGUGUGAAUGAGUAUGAAGGGAACUACGCCGACAACUACGACAAUGAGAUCUCUCAGGCCCAGCAGGAGGGAGAAACUCCAACCACACCAUGCCAGGCUGCAGACUUCUCUCGCUGGGACAAGCUUUUCAUCGCUCUGGAGGACUCCCACAUGAGGCAGAACAUGCUGCUGGAGUCUCUGGAGCAGUGCUGUGGAGGAAUGGUUUCCCUCAGAGCCCAGGUGGACAAGCUUGCAAGGGGGGCAGGCCAGCAGUGUCCACCCAGCCUGGAGUCAGCAUGCAGGGCGCAAGCAGAGCAGGUGAGAGUCAGGCUGCAUCAAGGCUUGGUGGAGCUCAGGGAGGAGGAAGCAGAGAGGGAGAGGAGGUUAAAUGCUACCUUGCAGCAGCUCCUGCACAGCAGCCAUGAGGGGAAUGCCCGGCUGAAGCGGCUGGAGGACGGCAGGGGCCACAGAGCGGGAGCAGCAGACAGCAGAAUGGGACACCCACCAACAUUGAGACCUGAAAGUUUAGAGGCAGCAUUUGGCGUGGGGGUGAAGCCAUUCCCAUCUGUCCUGAAGGAACAGGAAGUGACUUCACCUCUGGACACGGCCACAAUGGAAAGAGCCCUGGUUGCCCUGGUAACAGAGCUGCAGAAGGUUCACCUGCAGCUGAGCAGAGUGAUAGAGCAGGGAGGAACAUUGAGGAAGGGCAGGGGAGACACAUGAAUUGCCCAGAGGGAAAAAAUUAUAAAUGAUUGACUGGGGGCACACCAGUGAUAAUGAUUUUGCACAUACUCGUUUUUUUAAUUCACUCUUAAAGGGCCUUUUUUUUAAAUAGAGCUUGUUUAUGUCUGGUGACAAUGAAUUUAAAUGUA